CCACUUCUACUCCGCAAUCAAUGACUGACCGUUUUUUGAAUUCUGGAGAAUUCCUUUCAACGGCGGAGAUCCAACAAGAACCAGUCUAUGCCGUUGUUAACAAAAGCCAGAAAACAAACAGGGGUAAAUCAAAUAAUGCAGACCAUGAUCAAAAUCAAAUUCCAUUAGGAGAUGAUGAUAGUAAGGUAAAUAAUGUUGAGGAAAAUGUGAUCAAUGUAGAGAUGUCACAUGUAACGGUGCCCACUCAUAAUUUACCGCCGACACCCGAAUCAAUCACCCAACUAAAUCAAAACCAGCCUUUACAAACAACAGACGGUAAAAAGUCAAAUGUACCUGUGACUAGGACGCAGGUAGAUAUUACAAAUCAAACUGAUCUAUUUGGUUCAUCAGUCAUCCAAGAUUCUUCGCCACAAAUCGGAAGUUCACAAGCUGGCCAUUUCGACCAGAACUUGCAACAGCCUACAGUUAUUGAGGUCGACGAAGACACUGUCGCUGAAAAUGCCAUGGGCGCGGUUGAUCAAUUUUUGGCAGAUUUAGAGCAGCGUAAAUUUGACUCAAAAACAGAAAUCUCAGCUCCAGCUCUCGAUAUGGGCAGCGUCAUAAAACAAACUGUCGCUCCAACGCACGCACCAGCCACAGAUAGUCCAGCUAGUAUAGACAUUGAAGGCAUCUAUACUGAUGUUGGACCGUCUAGUGAUGGGCCGAAAAAGGAAAAGACGGUGAGAUGGGCUGACGACAACAUGGCUCACAGUUCAGCAGUAAGUCACAAUGACGUCAUCACAGAAGAAGAUCUUGAAGAGAGUGGCAUAAAUUUGCCAGAAAUAUCUGAAAGAUGGGACUCGGUUUUCUCUCAAAUUGACGACGGGAAGGAAAAUUUUAUACCAACAACGGACCUCGAGAGGGCUCAAUUAAAAGUUCGUCGUUUUGUCGACAACUUUUCAGUUCGUCUUUUUGGGUGUGUUCUCAUUCUUUUGGACAUAGUGUUGACAAUUAUCGACAUUUCAAUCACAAAUAAACCACCUGCAACUCAGAUGUUUUAUGACGUAAUGGCGCUUACGAUUUCGUGCAUAUUCAUAAUUGAUCUGGGGCUUAGAAUCUUUGCAUAUGGGCCAAGAAAGUUUUUCUCCAACAAGUGGGAAGUUAUAGAUGCCUUCAUUAUACUUCUGACAUUUACAACAACCGUAGUGUACAUUGCAUUGGACCAAGUUAUCGCACAAUCUGAUAGUGCUGCUGCUGAAUUAGGAAGACUUAUUGUUCUUACUCGUGCUCUACGUAUUUUCCGAUUUGGAAGAAUAUUUUAUGCGAAUCAACAUGUACAAGCAUCAACCAGGCGAACUAUUUCACAGAAUAAAAGAAGAUACCAGAAAGACGGUUUUGAUCUGGACCUCACGUACGUAACCGACAGAAUGAUAGCCAUGUCAUUUCCAAGUUCUGGAACGACAAGCGUCUUUCGAAAUCCAAUCGAAGAAGUCAGUAGAUUCAUGAAAACAAAACACCCAGGGAACUACAAGCUGUAUAAUUUGUGUAGUGAGCGCAGUUACGACCCCAUGUGGUUUGAAGGACGAGUUAGUAGAAUUCUCAUUGACGAUCACAACGUUCCCAAACUUGAUGAUAUUAUGAAAUUCAUCCGAGAUGCGAAAGAGUGGACAAGCGAAAAUGACGAGCGUAUAAUAGUUACCCAUUGCAAGGGAGGGAAGGGAAGGACCGGAACAAUAGUUUGCUGUUGGUUAUUGGAGGAAGGAAGGUUUGACUCAGCUAGAGAAGCAUUAGCAUACUUUGGAGAGCGACGAACAGAUUUAGAACUGGAUUCAAAAUUUCAAGGAGUCGAAACAGCUUCACAGAUUAGAUAUGUUGAAUAUUAUGAGCAACUUAAAAAACUUUACGACGGCACACUUCCGCCACCUACCGAAUUGGAUUUAAAAACAGUGAAAAUUUGCUCUAUAAAAGGAGUUGGCAGAGGGAACGGUUCUGAUCUUUCGAUGGCAAUUAUAAUAAAGGGAAAAGAAGUAUUUCAUUGCAAAUUUGCUGAAGGAAUGAAUUGUGAAAUGCUUCACAACUCGGAUCAAAAUUACGUUUUAUGUGAAGUCAAAAAUUGUCCUUCUUUAACCGGAGACGUAAAAAUAAGGUUCAUGUCAACAUGUAAAGAACUUCCACGUGGAUACGAUCAUUGCCCAUUCUACUUUUGGUUCCACACAUCCUUUGUUCCCGAGACCAGGAAACUUAGAUUAGAGAGAGAUGAAAUUGAUAAUCCACACAAGAAAAAAACUUGGCACAUUUUUCAAGAGGAUUUUGCGAUUGAAUUGGAUUUUUCCUGAAGAUAUACAAUGGUGGGGAAAAUGUCCAUCAAGGUUUACGCAAGGAAUAGAUAGUUGAAAUAAUAUCGAAAGUUUUCUUUUUUGUUUCUGGGCAUUAUUAUGCUGUAUAGUACAUAGGCAAUGUUCCAGCAAAGUACUAGGAUAUACAUAUUAUUCCUCAUUUGACUGGUCU